AUGUCAGCAGCUAACAAUCCAACUGGACUGAGCUAUGACAAUGCUGAGGAGACAGACAAGAGGAAACCUGCUGCAGACCUGGACAUUAGCGUCGAGACAAUCACUAUUCCGGUGGACGUCAAAAAGGUUCCUGACUUCUGCAUCAUUGCAAGCGACUGCAGGCCAGACAACGCCAACGACGGUCGACUCAAGACCUACUUCUUGGGCCACAAAAUCAAGAAGAGUCGAGUUGUUGCCAUAGUAGUGGAGUGCAAGCGGCACCCCAAGAGACGCCGGCCUGAGAAAUUCGCGCGGAAGCUUUCCGACUACAUACUUCUUGGGCAAUUUCACGCGCGAAAGCAGGGCAUCGUCCUCUUCUCCGCCGACCAAGGCGUUAACAAGGUCCAUCUCAUCGCCUCUGGCGGACACUACUGGAGACACGCGCUUCUGACUCGCGAUAAUGUCACUGAAGAAGCAGGAGGUGCCGACGCCACAUACGUCGAUGCUCCGCAGGCGGUGCAGUGGUCUAAGACAUACGAGAUGGGUACUCCUGUGUCCGGCCGAAAGCUGAGCUUGCUGAGGAGGAGCAUUCGGGAGAUGCAAGAGGCGUUAUGCAGGGAGUAG